AUGGCCGGUGACCGCCGCGGCGGCUCGCCCACGGCGGAGCGCCGGCGGGGGAUCCGGCGCCUGCUGCUGCCCCGCGGGGACGCCUCGCCCUCCCCGCCGCUGCUGCCUCCGCCACCCGCGCCGGAGCACGGGCUGCUGCGCCGGAAGGGGUUCGCGUCCGCGGCGCUGCUGCGCGGGCUGGGCUGCGCGUCGGCCGCCGCCUCGCAGGCGUACGCGCCGGGCCCGGGCUCCGCGGCCGCGGCCGCCGUGCGGUCCUCCGCCGACUGGCACGGCCGGCGGCGGAAAGGGAAGGACAAGAGAAAGGAGAGGGGCGGCGGAGGCGGAGGGGGGCUCGUGGCCGGAGGGAUCGGCGCCGACGUGUGGUGCGCCCCCGGGAUACCCUUCGCCGCGGAGGCCUCCUCCGUGGACUGCGUGGUCGCGCGGCACCAGAUGCUCGGCAGGGCCCGCGGCGGCGAGGCCGAGCGGCCGCCGCACAGAGAGAGGCCGUGCCUGUCUCGGCGGGCGAGCAUGCAGGAGCAGAUAUCCUCGUCCUUCAUGGAGUCGCCGCCGCCGCCGUUGCCGCUGCCGCACCUCGACGGGCCCUUCUUCGGCGCCGACCUGCUCCCCUCCGCCCGCCUCCGCCGGAUGCGCGGGUACCGCCCUGCUCCCGGGGGCCUCGAAGAAGAGAUCAUGAUGUUUCAAACAAGAGUGUUGUUGGGGGGAAUGAGUAUGUAUGAUCGGUACCAGGAUUGGCGCCUCGAUGUUGAUAACAUGAGUUAUGAGGAGUUGCUUGAGCUUGGAGAAAGAAUCGGUCACGUCAACACAGGGCUACGUGAGGACGAGAUAAUUCGCAACCUUAGGAAGGUCAAGCACCCAGCCUUUGAUUCCUCAUUCCGGUUUCCAACGGAAGUAGAAAAGAAGUGCAGUAUUUGUCAAGAGGAGUUUGAAGCAAAUGACGAGAUGGGGAGGCUGCAUUGUGGCCACAGCUACCAUGUCUACUGCAUCAAGCAAUGGCUUUCUCAGAAGAACGUUUGCCCGGUUUGCAAGACUGCUGUCAGCAAGACUUGAACAACUCCAGGAUACGCCUAUUGUGUACCUGGUUGGAAGCUGAGAAGUAUGCUUGUUGUGUCUUGUACAGUCCGUCACAUGCAUUAUUGUAUAAACACAACAUCCAUUCUUUUGCAUUUCCAGAGAAAUGCUAUAUCGAGGGCCAGCUCUUAUCAAAUAUGUGGUUUCACUCC